AUGUCCUUCCCAUACAAGCACUUCCUCCUCAUCGGCGCAACCUCAGGUAUCGGCAAAGCAAUGGCCGACCGUCUCAUCGAAAGCGGCGCCAAAGUAACAGCAGUAGGAAGACGUCAAGACCGACUAGACGAGUUCGUGCGCCAACACGGCGAAGAUAAAGCGAGUGCAAUCAACUUCGAUAUUAGCAAAACAGGACAAGCACCUCAGUUCGCCAAAGAUGCGUUCACGAAGUACCCAGAUAUCGACUGCAUUUUCCUCAAUGCAGGCGUGCAACGUCGCUACAAUCUGACGAGCCAGGAGACAUUCAAGCUGGAUGAGUUCCUUAGUGAAGUCCAUGUCGAUUUCACGAGUAUUGUGACUCUUGCUCAUGCUUUCUUGCCUUAUCUUACGGCGAAGACGGAGCCUGUGAGCUUUAUUUUUACUGGGACAAACCUCGCCAUUGUCCCAGCUUGCCCAAUGCCGGCUUAUUCGGCCGCAAAAGCGGCGUUGAAUGCAUUCAUCCUUUGUUUUAGGGAGCAGCUCAAGUCGACAAAUGUCAAGGUGAUCGAGUUGUCUCCUCCCGCUGUGCAGAGCGAACUCCACGACUACAUGACACCUGAAGUGGGACGUAAGGUCGGGAUGCCGUUGGAUCAAUUCAUCGACGAGGCAUUUGCUGGGUUCCAGGCUGGUAAGGAUCAGGUUGUGGUUGGCAGUGUUGUAGACGAGAAGAUGUUCUAUGAGCGAAAAAUGUCCCCGAUCCCUAUCACUAUCGUGACCGGCUUCCUGGGCUCAGGAAAAACCACCCUUCUCCUCAACCUAAUCCCCCAACUCCCGCUGAACUACCGCCUGGCCCUUCUGAAAAAUGAAUUCGGUGACGUUGCGAUCGACUCCCAACUAGCCUCGACACAAUCCAUCUCCGGCGUCCGCGAACUCCUGAACGGGUGUAUCUGCUGUAACCUCGUCGGCCAACUCAGUGAUGCGCUGAACCAGCUCCGUGAGGAGGUCAAACCGGAUCGUAUUGUGAUCGAGACCAGUGGGAGCGCGUUCCCCGCGACAUUAGCGAUGGAGGUGAAUCGUCUGGAGCGCGAACAGCCAGGCAGCUUUGUGCUGGAUGGUGUGAUCAGUGUGAUUGACGUGGAGAACUGGGAGGGAUAUGAAGAUACAUCGUAUACGGCAAAAUUGCAGGCAAAGUACACGGAUUUGAUCAUUUUCAACAAGUGGGAGAAGGUGUCGGAGAGACGGUUCGAUCUUUGCCUAGAUCGCGUGGGAGAUCUGGAGGUGCAAACGCCGUAUGUGAAGUCGGAUAAGGGAAAGGUGGACAAGGAUGUGCUGUUGGGGAUUGAUGGGGCUUUGUUUGCGAAGGAUGAUGGGGCUGGACUUACCGACGGGCAUCAUGAUCAUGACCAUGAUCAUGGACAUAAGCAUGAUCAUCAGUCCGAGGUGGAGGUGCUUUCUGUCACGCUGAAGUCCGCCCAGCCUGAGCAGGCAGUUGAUGUAUCUGCCCUAGAGCAGUUGCUGCUCUCUGCGCCCAAGGAUGAAGUCUAUCGGAUUAAAGGUAUCAUGCGUUGCUCUACACAAUCGCCCCCGGCUGAAUCGUCGGAUGCCCUGGCCGAACCCAGACCCGCUGCGUCCCAUGACGGAACGACCAGGCAUUAUAUCCUCAACUGGGCCUUUGGUCGUUGGACCUUCACACCCUCCGAAGUUGUUGCAGAAACGGCUGACCCAGGCGUGGCUGCUCGCAUCACAUUCAUUUUGGCCCGGUACGAGUCCGGAAAAUGGAAGAAGAAGCUGGAAGCCGGUGGCUUGGUCCAGAUUGGAGAGGGAAAUGAAGGGGCGGAGCUGGUUGUUGAGCGACUUGUCUAG